AACCUCAUUCAAUGUUUGUGAGCCAAAAAAGAUGUUUCGAUUAAGGCACUUUAGCCUGCUGUUGCGGAGCAUAAACAAUCGAUUGCCAAUCGUAAAUACAAAUCUACAAAGAGUGAAUUUUUCAUCGGCCGUAUCGUCCGACUGGAUUUCGAAAAUAAUUGAAGAUAAUGAAAAAGUUGCAUACUUCGGCCGAGAUUCGGUUGAAUCUACGUACAAUAUAUUCCAUAAAAGUGGUUUCACCCAUGAAAAUUGUAUAAAAAUAAUCAACACACAUCCGGACUUAAUGCGUUUAGCACCCAAUGAAAUUGAAAAACGUUUGGACAUGUGGCAUAUGGCACAAUUCUCUCAAACACAAUUCUUUGAUUUAUUCGCACAAUGUCCAGAACUUUUGGAUUUUGAUGAUAGUGGUUACAUAGCCAAACGUUAUGGAAAAUUGAGAGAGAUUUUUUUCACACCAAAAAAUAUUUGGCGCAUUUUGAUGGCCAGUCCGAAUGUUAUGGUCGAUAGUAUGACAACCAUUAAAGAGAAAGUCGAUUACAUUUUAAAUACGAUGGAAGCUGAUGUUACGGAUCUUGUGAAAAGCGGUUCGUUGGGGCUGCCAUUGAAAACGAUUAAAACCAGACACGUGCUAUUGGCGCGAUUGGGUAUUUAUAAAAAACGUAAUUUUCGCAUUUCCGAAUUGGAUGCCAAUAAAAAUCCACGUCUCGCGCGUAUAAUGAAUGCCAGCGAUGAAGAAUUCGCGAAAAAAACUUGUGCCAUAUCUACGAAUGAAUUUGAAGCAUUUUGUGAACUGUAUGAACGUGAAUUGGACGAAAUGUUUAAAGAACAAAUCGAUUAUGAAGAGGAUAGCGAUGCUGAAGAUAGCGACGAUACAGAUAGUGAUGAGGAAGACUAUGAUCCAAGAGAAGUUAAAGAUUAUUACGAUGAUCGAAAUCGCAAAAAAUAUUGUAAAACCAAUAAGAAAUACAAAAAGUAAUUUGAAAUUCAAAUUUUGAAUAGAAUUAAGUUACCAACAUAGAGAUACCAACACUAAUCGAGUUGUAUAAAGGCAGUUUUCGAUUCAAAUUACUAAGUAUCAAUCAAAUUAAAAAUAUUUCGUCUUGAGCAAAAAAAUAAUAAUAAAGUUUUUAG